AUGUGUCUCUUCUAUGACAUGCAUACUGGUAAAUGGUGGUGGGCAGCGCAAAAAGCGAUGGAGAAGGAGACGCCUGGGGCUACCAUCAUUCCUAUUGUUAUAUUCUCCAACAAAACGCAAGUCACCUUGUUCCGUAACAAGGCAGCGUAUUCGGUGUAUCUUACGAUAGGAAACUUGCCUAAAGACAUUCGUAGCAAGCCAUCCCAAGGCAGACAGGUGAUUCUCGCAUACCUUCCCACAACAAAACUUGAGCACAUCAAGAGUAAGGCAGCAAGACGCCAAACGCAAGCGAACCUCUUUCAUGCCUGCCUCCGCAUGAUCCUUGCAUCUCUGGAGAGCGUCGGCCUUGAAGGUUGUGCUAUGAUGAGUGGUGAUGGCGUCUCUCAACGUGUACACCCAAUCUUUGCAGCAUACGUCGGCGACUACUCUGAACAAGUCUUGGUCACCUGCGUGAAGUCUGGUGACUGCGUCAUUUGUACUCAGCCGCGCAAUGAGCUUGGAGAUCUGGGCCCUAAAUAUCUAAUGCGAGACAUCAAUGCUGUGCUUGAUGUCCUCAGAAAGGUCGACACGUUAUCAGAUGCGGAGUACGCUCAUGCAUGUAGCAGUGUAGGAAUAAAGCCUGUAUAUCAACCGUUCUGGGAACAGCUGCCAUACUCAGACGUUUACUCUGCAAUCAUCUCUGAUAUCCUGCAUCAGCUCCUUCAAGGAGUGAUCAAGUAUCUCGUGGCUUGGGUCAAGGCCGCAUACAGCAAAGAUGAGAUCAACGCUCGCUGUCAUUGUCUGCCUCCGAACCACAAUGUCUGGUCCUUCUUCAAGGGUAUCACCAAGUUGUCACGUCUGACUGAACGUGAGCAUACCGACAUCUGCCAGAUCCUUCUUGGACUGGUUAUUGGCAUGCGCCUACCUGGUGGAAUGUCUUCUGUACGCCUUGUUAAGGCUGUCCGUGCUUUGUUAGAUUUUGUUUACCUUGCGCAGUAUCCUGUCCACAGUACAGCCACUCUAAAUGCUCUCAAAGAGGCGCUUUGA